AAAAAAUUAUUUGGUCGAUCACGGUUGCAGUUGAUGUAAACAACACAAGCGCGUACAUAAAUAGUGUAGUAGCACUUCCCAAACCUUUCUCUUCUAUUCUUUUCUCUUCUCCAAUGCAUCACAAUGCUCUUGUUCACACCAACCAUGGUUUUUAACAACAUUCCUAAACCCAAACCCAAACUCAAAUAAAUAAUAAUCAAUCUCUACCUCCCUUUUCCAAUUCCCCUGCUUCUUCACUUGAUUCGAUCUAAAUCUCUCCCAAAUCACAAACCCCCGCUUUCACUCAUUUCUCUUCAAUUUAAUUUUCCCCAUAAAUCCCGCUACCUGCUUCUCUCUCGGUAUUUGAGCAAAACACAAAGAUGGGUGAAGGAGAACGUUUUCAGCUGGGGACUGUCGGCGCUUUGACUCUUUCUGUCAUCUCUUCGGUCUCCAUUGUUAUUUGCAAUAAGGCACUCAUGAGCUCACUUCAUUUCAUUUUUGCUACAACUUUGACAAGCUGGCAUCUACUUGUCACAUUUUGUUCUCUUCAUUUGGCACUCAAAAUGAGAUUCUUUGAGCACAAGCCUUUUGAGCAGAAAGCCGUAAUUGGAUUUGGGAUUUUAAAUGGAAUCUCAAUUGGGCUUUUAAAUUUGAGCCUGGGGUUCAAUUCUGUCGGCUUCUAUCAAAUGACUAAGCUUGCAAUCAUUCCUUGUACUGUACUGUUGGAGACCCUCUUUCUCGGGAAGAAAUUCAGUAAAAGAAUUCAAUUUUCCCUAUCUAUCCUCCUUCUCGGUGUUGGGAUUGCAACAGUCACAGAUUUGCAGUUGAAUGCUCUGGGAUCUUGCUUAUCUCUGCUGGCAGUGAUUACAACAUGUGUUGCUCAGAUUAUGACAAACACUAUCCAGAAGAAGUUUAAGGUUUCUUCCACCCAGCUUCUAUAUCAAUCAUGUCCAUAUCAAGCAGCAACCCUCUUAAUCUCUGGUCCGUAUCUUGAUAAACUUUUGACCGACCAAAAUGUAUUUGGUUUCAAGUACACAACACAAGUGACGGUUUUCAUAGUUCUUUCCUGUCUCAUCUCAAUUUCUGUCAAUUUUAGUACAUUUCUUGUAAUUGGAAAGACAUCUCCAGUCACCUAUCAGGUUCUUGGACACCUGAAGACAUGCCUUGUGUUGGCAUUUGGUUAUACUUUGCUCCAAGACCCAUUCAGCUGGAGAAACAUAAUGGGUAUUUUGUUGGCCAUGGUUGGGAUGAUCCUAUAUUCUUACUAUUGUAAUCUUGAGAAUCAGCAAAAAGCUGUUGAAGCUGCGGCGCAAGCAUCCCAGGCAAGAGAAGGUGAAUCUGAUCCCCUCAUUAAUAUGGAAAAAGGAAGUGGUGGUGUGACUGAUAGUGUUGGACAUAAGUCCCCUGUAUGGAGCAAAGACAAAGACUAGUAUGCUUAUGAGCUUUGUUAAACCAUUGUCAAGAAGCAGUUAUAGUUUUUAUAGAGGGUUAAAACCCAUAAACCAUAUGGAAUUAGGAAGUGCUUCCAAAUGCGUCGACUCUCUUACUCUUGCAUUUUGUGAAUCGUUUGCCAACUAUUGAAUAUUGAUGUUAGGGAGAAGAGCAAUUAUAUGGUCAUGUUGCAAUUCUCUUGGCCACAAAUAUGGCUCACAGUAGCUGACAGGUCUUGGUGAUGUUUUCACAUCAUGUUAUUACAUUCAUAAUUUUAUAUACAUAUCCAAACUUUUUUCUCUUGUUUC